CCGGCCUCCUCGGGUCCCUGGGCCCGCGGCGCGACCCCGCCACCAGGCGAGUUCUUCGAGCCUCACCGCCUCGAGGGCAGCGCACCCCGGUGACUUCUGACACUGUAUUCGACGUUACCUACAUUCAAGAUGAAUAGUGAUCAGAUUGCACUAGUCGGUCAAGUGUUUGAGUCUUAUGUUUCGGAAUACCAUAAGAACGAUAUUCUUUUAAUCCUGAAGGAAAGAGAUGAAGAUGCUCAUUACCCAGUUGUGAUUAAUGCCAUGACCCUUUUUGAGACCAACAUGGAAAUUGGGGAAUAUUUCAAUGCAUUCCCCAAUGAAGUACUAACUGUUUUUGAUAGUUCACUGAGAAGAUCAGCCUUGACAAUUCUCGAGUCCCUUUCCCAGCCUGAGGGUGCCUCCAUGAAGCAGAAUCUUCAUACCAGGAUAUCAGGUUUGCCUGUUUGUCCUGAGCUGGUGAGGGAGCACAUCCCUAAAACCAAGGAUGUGGGUCACUUUUUAUCUGUCACUGGGACUGUGAUUCGAACAAGUUUGGUGAAGAUCCUGGAGUUUGAAAGGGAAUACAUGUGUAACAAAUGCAAGCAUGUUUUUACAGUCAAGGCUGACUUAGAGCAGUAUUAUACCUUCUGCCGGCCAUCCUCAUGUCCCAGCUUAGAGAACUGUAAUUCUUCCAAAUUCACUUGCCUCUCAGACUUGUCUUCAUCUCCAACCAGGUGUAGAGAUUAUCAGGAAAUCAAAAUUCAGGAACAGGUUCAACGGCUGUCUGUUGGAAGUAUUCCACGAUCUAUGAAGGUUAUCCUAGAAGAUGACUUAGUAGACACUUGCAAAUCUGGGGAUGACCUCACUGUUUAUGGGGUUGUAAUGCAACGGUGGAAGCCCUUUCAGCGAGAUGUGCGCUGUGAAGUGGAGAUAGUCCUGAAAGCCAAUUAUAUCCAAGUAAAUAAUGAGCAGUCUGCAGGGAUCAUCCUGGAUGAAGAGGUCCGAAAGGAAUUUGAAGAUUUUUGGGAACAUUACAAGAGCGAUCCCUUUGCAGGAAGGAAUGAAAUAUUGGCCAGUUUAUGCCCUCAAGUUUUUGGGUUGUACCUGGUAAAGCUUGCUGUGGCCAUGGUACUGGCUGGUGGGAUUCAAAGGACUGACGCUACAGGAACACGAGUCAGAGGUGAAUCUCAUCUUUUAUUGGUUGGGGAUCCUGGCACAGGGAAAUCUCAAUUCCUCAAAUAUGCAGCAAAGAUUACACCGAGAUCUGUGCUCACCACAGGAAUUGGAUCUACUAGUGCAGGUCUGACAGUAACUGCUGUAAAAGACUCAGGAGAAUGGAAUUUGGAGGCUGGGGCAUUAGUGCUUGCAGAUGCAGGCCUUUGCUGUAUCGAUGAGUUUAAUAGCCUCAAAGAGCAUGAUAGAACCAGUAUCCAUGAAGCAAUGGAGCAGCAAACCAUAAGUGUCGCUAAGGCUGGCCUCGUGUGCAAGCUGAACACAAGGACCACAAUCCUGGCAGCAACUAACCCCAAAGGCCAAUAUGACCCCCAUGAGUCUGUGUCUGUGAACAUCGCCCUUGGCAGCCCGCUCUUAAGUCGAUUUGACCUGAUCCUGGUUUUGCUUGACACCAAGAAUGAAGACUGGGAUCGUAUCAUUUCCUCCUUUAUCUUAGAAAACAAAGGUUACCCUAGUAAAUCAGAGAAGCUCUGGAGCAUGGAGAAGAUGAAAACCUACUUCUGCCUCAUCAGGAAUCUUCAGCCCACGCUGUCUGAAGCGGGCAAUCAGGUUCUCCUCCGGUACUACCAGAUGCAAAGGCAGAGUGAUUCCCGGAACGCUGCCCGGACGACCAUCCGCCUCUUGGAGAGCUUGAUACGAUUAGCAGAAGCUCAUGCUCGCCUGAUGUUCCGUGACACGGUAACUCUGGAAGAUGCUGUUACGGUGGUAUCAGUAAUGGAGUCCUCAAUGCAGGGAGGGGCACUGCUGGGAGGUGUGAAUGCACUCCACACUUCCUUUCCUGAAAACCCUCUGGAGCAGUACCAGAUGCAGUGUGAACUUAUUCUAGAAAAACUGGAGCUGCAUGACCUCUUGAGUGAAGAGCUAAGAAGACUUGAAAGGUUACAGAAUCAAAGUAUGUCCCAAUCCCAGCCAGGGGCAUUGGAGGUAGAGUCUACUUCAGGAUCUUCGAGAAAUGAUCCAGGGGAAGAAUCCAGAUUCCAAACAUCCACACCACGAGAAAUGAACUAUGGUAUACAUACCUCUUCUACUGGAGGCAGCCCCAGUGGAAGCCCACUUCUUGAUCCCCUACCUCAUCUGGGACCUAAUAGGUCAACAAGUAGAAAACGUUCAGCUCAGCACAAAGACAGCAGAGAUGACAGUUUAGAUUGGUUUGACUCCAUGGAAAGUCAUCAGAUUGAACCUGAAAACACUGUUCCUAUGUCUCCUGGUCUCAAUACGACUGGGGAAAAAACGGCUUUGAAAAACUCCAACAAAUCUCAGGGUAAGGAAAAGAGUGAGCCAGACCAAGGGAGCAAAUUGGAAACUGGACAGCAUCCAGCUCCAGGAGAGACAGAAGCUCCAUUGAAGCCAGAGAGUGUUGAGGGUAAAAAGAAAAAAAAGGCAACCGUAGUUUCUGAAACAACAGGAACUGCUGGGGAACCAGACUCGGUACUGACUCAUCACGUCCCCAGGAAACUGCACAGGCUGCGCAAGGAGAAGGCCCAGGAGUUGUGCAGAAACCCUACCAGGGCGCCCAUAAGCCCUUCUCACCCUCCAUCCACCCCUGUACAUAGUCCAGAAAGGACGCUGGAAACUCUCAAAAGAAAGACACAGAAACCCCUCCCUCAGGUGAAAGAGCCUGAACCUGAAAGGGUUGAAAGUCUGGGUCUUCCAGUGACCAAACUAGCAAAGUUUACUUUCAAACACAAGUCAAAACUGAUCCACUCCCCUGAAGACCACAGCCACGAGUCUCCUGGCACAGCUGACAUAGCAGUUCAGAAUCUGAAAAUUUCCCAGCAUGGAACAAGAGGAGAAGCAGCUCUGCUGGUGAAGGGUCCAGAAAUGCUGACCUCUGCCUCAGGAAACGGAAGCUCAGGUCAGCUGCAGGGGAAGGCAAGGCAGGCGUCACGGCAGCCACCAGAGAAAGACAGAUGGGGAGAGGAGAGGGAAAGUGCCUCUGGAAAGAGAGUUAGUCAGCCUGAAUCUGAGCUUCGGAACGAGACUGGGCAUUUGCAUCUUACUUGUGAAAAAGACGAAAAAGAAGAGCUUUUGUGCAUUAAUAAAAGCAGCAAGGUUCAUGCUUGCACAUUAGCCAAAUUGGCCAACUUCUCCUUUACUUCCUCCUCUGAAUCUAAAUCAGAAUCCCUGCCUCCUUCUGAAAGUGAGAACUGGCGAGAGAGAGGCCCAGGCUGUCCUCCCACGACUACAGCUACCACGCUUGGCAGGAAAAGAAAGACUUUUCAGUUGGGGGGGUCCACUGACAGAUUCAGUCUUUCCAAAAAAUCUCUCUUUACUUUACCAGAACUAGAAGAUGAAGCAUUAGAUUUUGAUUGGGAUGAAGAAAUGAGAAAAAAGCCAUGAUCAUGAAAAUCUUGCUGGUCAAAUUCCAUCCUCCCCAACUUCACACAGCAUCUUUCGGAUAUCCCCAUGGUCUUUCUGUAUGUACAGGCCUGUUGGCCAUAUUGAGUGCCCGUGGAGAAACCAGCUCCCCCAUCAGGUCUCAUAAUUCAUCUCAGGCUUACCUUCAUGGCUCAGAAAGUUACUUAAUCAAUGUAGGUCAGUGUGAUACCAGCACUGAAUCAAAUUAAUUGACAUUGUGCAUAAUUUUGCAGAUAGAGGACUUGCAUUCCCCAAAAUGUUUGUUUUGUUUUUAAGGAGUGAGUCCUCCCAGGAUUCUGUCCUUCAUUCACGCAGCAACAAAUGUCAGGAAGGUAGCAUUCAUAAAGCUAACAAGUUAGAUGAAUUCUUCUUCUAUUUUUUCCUUAUAUUUUUUUUUACCCCAUGAUUUGCCAAGCACGGUGAGUAUUUAUUAUGAUAUGACAAAAUCAUAUGAUUUUUCUCAUUGUUUUUGUGUUUAUUAUGUGUAAGAUUUAAGGUGACUAAGGCUUUUUUUCCUUUGAGACGCAUCCUUACAAUUCCAUUGUAUUUCUAAAGAUCUGGCAACUGGUCAAAUAGUAGCUUUCUGAAGUAUUGACCUUUUGAGUUUUUGUUUCUUUCUCCAGCCCACAUUUUGUGCUUCAUAUUCUUUUUCUCUUUUGGGGCCCUCCUUCAACACAACUUCAGUCCUGUUGGAAGGAAAGAGUGUGUGCCGUACUCCAUCAUGUAUCAUGGUCUCUACCAAGUAGUUAGUAUGGAAAUGUGAUUCCUACUGUUAUAACUCAUUUGUCAUUAAAACCAAGCAAAUGACUGUGUUUGGUAGUAAAGUACGACUCAAGCUUUGUCUUUCUGAAGUCCUUUAAAAUCACUCUUCCUUUGGAUUCUAGCAGGGACCCUUAGGAAUCCAUAAUUACAGGAUUUAUCUUCUGAAGUAUGAAUUUGUAAAAAAAAAAUAUAACAGAUUCUUUCAUUGUCUGAGGGACUUGUAGACCUGAAGAGUACUCAAAGUUAUAUGUACUUUGUUUAAUGACUAUUUCAUUAAUUUUAUACAGAAAAAAAUUAGGCACCCCAAUUUUUUUGAGCAUUUUACUUAAACAUUAAUUGCAAAAUCAACUGGUUAAAUUUACUGAAAAAUUUUAAUCUAUGCGUACAAAUUUAGU